AAAAAUGGCUUUGAUUAUAUAAGAUUAUAAGAUUCGGGUUUUAGCCCUUUUAAGUCGACGUUAAACGCGCGUUUCAGAGUUUUCCGGCAGGAGGAGCAAACUCGACGACAUUAGCUUCUCCGAACACAAUUUUCCUCCGGCUUUCAUAAAUUUCGGGGUUACAUCGUCCUAAUUCGUCUGAUAGGUUGCCGAAUUUGUGUUCUCCGGUCAAGUCAAUGUCAGGAAUCACAUAUCAAAUAUUGUUCCUCCUCCUUCUCGCCUCUGUCUCCUUGUCGCCGGUCAGGUUAUGGAGCAAGUAGUGAAGAGAGAACAUUGGCUAUGAUAAAGCCAGAUGGAGUCUCUGGUAACUAUACUGAAGAAAUCAAAACGAUCGUCGUUGAGGCUGGUUUCAAUAUCGUCAAGGAGAUGCUUACUCAGCUGGACAAGGAGACAGCUUCUGCGUUUUACGAGGAGCACUCAUCGAGGAGCUUUUUUCCUCAUCUUGUUACAUACAUGACGAGUGGUCCGGUGUUGGUGAUGGUAUUGGAGAAGCGAAAUGCAGUUUCUGAUUGGCGUGAUUUAAUCGGUCCAACAGAUGCGGAAAAGGCUAAGAUAUCUCACCCUCACAGGUUCGAUUUGUUGCCAAACACAAUUCUUGACUUUGCAAACUCAAAUGUGAGGGCUAAGAUGAAUAUAGUCGUAAGCUGUAUUACUUGAAAUCGUUCUCUGACUUGUUAUGAAUCAUUAGGUUGUUCUUUGAUCCUAUUUACUUAUAAUAUGGCCUUCUCUUGUUUCUGUAGCAUCAGAGCAUUAUGUGGUAAGAACUCACAGAAGAACUGUGUGCACGGCUCGGAUUCAACAUCGUCAGCUGAAAGAGAGAUAAAGUUUUUCUUCAAGGAUGUAGUUUCAGGUGACAUUGCUACACAACAACAUGACGAACUAUAAGAAACACCAAUACAGCUUCUUUAUCCAUGGUGUCUUGUUGUAAUCUUGUAACUGUUGGUUUUAUCUUAUCUAUAAUCAAUUAAUCAGAUACAUUGUUUCAUAUAGCUUGAUAGUAUUGAUUUGGAUCGACCUUUUUGUGGUUUGCUACUAUGUUAAGACUAUCAUAUCACAAAAAUUUCAAUCAUUG